CACUGAUGAUCAGUAUGCCCUGAUGAUUAGUGUAGCCCCAGCAGUGUCACCUGUCAGUGUCCAUCAAUGCCACCUGUCAUUGCCCAUCAAUGCCACCUGCAAGUGUCCAUCAGUGCCACAUCAAUGCCACAUAUCAGUGCCCACCUGAGCUGCCUUUCAGUGCCACCUAUCAAUGCCAGUCAUCAGUGCUGCCCAUCAGUGCCACCUAACAGUGCCAUAUAUGAGUGCUGCCUUUCAGUGCCCAUCAGUGAUGCCUGUCAAUACCCAUCAGUGCCACCUAACAGUGCCUCCUCAUCAGUGCCCAUCAGUGCUUCCUAUCAGUGCCCAUCACUGCAGCCUCAUUAGCGCACAUCAGUGAAGGAGAAAAAUCACUUAUUUACAAAAUUUUAUA